AUGCCAGCAAGUCGCAGAGGAAGCGGUAGUGUUACACUUCCGAGCGGGCAGACGCUGACGGUGCACACCAGGACGCAGGAUGAGGAGGAUCUCCCGCAUGCGACCAAGAAAACGAUGGCGGACCAUCUCCGCAAAUACGAAGUGUUGUUCACGCUCACGCCGCAGCGUAUGCGCAUGAUCGUCGAGGCAUUCAAGGAUACGCUCGAGCUCGGUCUCGAGAAGAAAGACCAGGUCGUGCCUAUGAUCCCGACGUAUGUCUUUGGUUGGCCGACCGGUGAAGAAACUGGCGACUUCCUCGCCGUCGACCUCGGCGGAACCAACCUCCGCGUCUGUCUCGUCACCCUCCAAGGCGACGGCAAAUUCGAGAUCACACAGUCCAAGUACCGCCUCACGGAAGAGCAGAAACAGGAGGACGGUCAGAAGUUGUUCGAUUUUUGCGCGGAGUGUUUGCAGACGUUCGUGAGCACGAAUUUUGAGGAGGGGAGUAUUAAGGAGGGAGAGUUGUUGCCUUUGGGGUUCACGGUGCGUUUCCCUUUUUCGCAAGACCGGAUCGACCAUGGUGAGCUCAUCCGCUGGACGAAGGGUUUCGGAGCGGCGAACACGGAAGGAAGGGACGUCGCGGAGAUGUUCAGGAAUUCCUUGAAAAAAUACAACGUCCCCGUGCAACUCACAGCGCUCAUUAACGACACGACCGGCACGCUCAUCGCGAGCCACUACGUCAACCCGCGCACGAAGAUAGCCGUCAUUUUCGGGACGGGCUGUAAUGCGGCGUAUAUGGAGAAGGUGGGCAAGAUCGGGAAGAUCAAGGAUCUCGGGAUCGAUGCGGAGGCGGAGAUGGCUAUUAAUUGUGAAUGGGGCGCUUUCGACUCGUUUGAGCACGAGCAUCUGCCGAGGACGAAGUACGACGUGUCGAUCGACGAAAACUCGAACAAGCCAGGCGAGCAGGCUUUCGAGAAACUCAUCUCGGGUCGCUACCUCGGCGAGAUCCUCCGGCUCGUCAUCUGCGAGCUCAUCGACGACGGUGUGCUCUUCUUGGGCCAGAACACGUAUAAGCUCGAGAUUGCGUACGCGAUGGACACGGCGUUCUUGAGUCUGAUGGAGAGCGACCCGACCGAAGAACUGCUCAUGAUCAUCGGAAUCUUCUCCCACUUCUUCGCACUGGAGACGACGCUCGCCGAACGGCAGUUCUUCCGCGCGCUCGCGAAACUGAUCGGAAGGCGUGCGGCACGGAUGUCGGCGUGUGGGAUCGCGGCGAUCGUUAGUAAGAUGGGAUACCUCGAGGAUGGGUGCAGUGUGGGUGCGGAUGGCAGUUUGUAUAACAAAUAUCCGGGCUUUGCGGAUAGAGUGCAUGAAGGCCUGUGUGAUAUCUUUGGGGACAAGGGGAAGAACAUCAUUACACACCACGCUGAGGAUGGAAGUGGUGUCGGUAGUGCGAUCAUCGCAGCAAUGACGAAGAUCCGUAAGGACAAGGGUAUCCACGUCCACGUCUAA